AUGGCUGCGGUUAAGGAGAGUAUGAGUAUAAAAGGAUCCAUCAUGGGAUCAAUUCUGCCCGAUCCUGACCUCCCGGUUACUUCUCGGAUCAGAGCGCAUUUCUAUCAACAUGCCAGGACUGAUAACGAAACGGGAGAGCGGUAUAUGAACAAGGAGGAUUUCAUCAAUGCCAUUGCUCCCGUACAUGAAAACUAUCACAAAAUCAAACGCGAACAAUACGGUAUCCUAUUCCGAGUUGCCGAUCGACGGAAGACUGGUAAAGUAAAUCUACACGAUUGGACCGCGUUCGAGAAUCUAAUUGCCAAACCCGAUGCGGAAUAUGAGAUUGCGUUCCGUUUGUUUGAUGUGGAAGGGACCGGAGCGAUUAAAUAUGAGACGUUUCAAAAACUAUAUACCCAGAAUACGGGGAAGGAUAGUAUUCCCUUUGACUGGAAUUCAGAAUGGGUAUCGUUGUAUACAGGAACGAAGAAGAGACGACAUGACAUGACCUACCCGCAAUUCGCACAAAUGCUUCGUGGCCUCCAGGGCGAGAGAAUACGUCAGGCGUUCCACCUUCUCGAUAAGGAUGGGGAUGGCUACAUCGAGCCGGAGGAUUUCCAGCGUAUCAUCUUGAACACCGCUAGGCACAAGCUGUCAGAUCAUCUUCUAGAAAACCUACCCUCCCUAUGCACCAUCAGCGCCGGAAGUAAGAUUUCGUACGCCAACGUCCGCGCCUUUCAGAAUAUAAUACGAGAGAUGGACAUGAUCGACUAUAUCGUCCGCAGCGCCGUAAACAAGAGUCACGAUGGCACAAUCACCCGCACAGAUUUCCUAAACGAAGCCUCUCGCGUCGCGCGCUCGUCCCUCUUCACCCCCAUGGAAGCCGAUAUCCUCUUUCACUUUGCCGGUCUCGAUGCGCCUUCAGGAAAACUCUCGCUAAACGACUUUGCAAAAGUUAUAGACGCUUCAUGGCAUUCCGCAGCUUCUGCGGUCGGUAACGCUGCAAUGGAAAGCGUCACUCAAACCACGGAAAAGGCAACUACAAAAUCGAAACAGGUCCUCCAGAACAUCUUGGAGUCGGUGCAUCAUUUCGGUCUGGGCAGUAUCGCAGGUGCCUUUGGCGCCUUUAUGGUGUACCCUAUUGAUCUUGUCAAGACGAGAAUGCAGAAUCAGAGGAGCGCGCGUGUGGGGGAGAGGUUGUAUAGCAAUUCAAUCGAUUGUGCGAGGAAGGUUAUUCGGAAUGAAGGUGUUCUUGGCUUGUAUUCGGGCGUCAUACCGCAAUUGAUUGGUGUUGCCCCUGAAAAGGCCAUUAAGCUCACCGUAAAUGACCUGGUUCGUCGGACUUUUGCGGAUAAGCAGACGGGGAAGAUUGGGUUGGGGUGGGAACUUUUUGCAGGUGGUAUGGCUGGUGGAUGUCAAGUGGUUUUCACAAACCCCCUAGAGAUCGUGAAGAUCCGUCUGCAAGUUCAAGGAGAGAUCGCCAAGAGCGUCGAGGGUGCGCCACGUCGAUCGGCCAUGUGGAUCAUCAAGAACUUGGGGUUGAUGGGAUUGUACAAGGGAGCUAGCGCCUGCUUGCUUCGCGAUGUCCCAUUUUCGGCCAUCUACUUCCCCACCUACGCACACUUGAAAUCCGACUUCUUCGGCGAAUCGCCCACCAAGAAACUAACCAUUAUCCAACUCUUAACCGCCGGUGCCAUCGCCGGCAUGCCGGCCGCCUACCUCACAACACCAUGCGACGUCAUCAAGACAAGGUUGCAAGUCGAAGCCCGCAAGGGCGAGACGAGAUAUACAUCCGUCCGCCACUGCGCGACGACGAUAAUGAGAGAAGAAGGGUUCCGCGCGUUCUUCAAGGGCGGCCCGGCACGUAUCUUGCGCUCAUCGCCACAGUUCGGCUUCACGCUUGCUGCCUACGAGGUUCUGCAGAAUUGGCUGCCGCUGCCCGGCAGCCAGCCUGAAGACGUUACGCCGAUCGGCCAUAUCGAGCCCGGGUUGGGCCAGCGGGCGACGGGGCCUCUGCCGUAUAUCCGGUCGCGGAAUGCGUUGAAGCUCAUUCUUGAUUUGAAUGAGGACUUUGGCCGGAUUAAGAUGCCCAGGAGUGCGAGUUUGCCUGCUGGUGCUGCGUGA